GAGAGAGAGAUAGAGAGAGAGAGAGGGACAAAUAGAGAGAGAGAGAGAAACUUUGAUUUAUAGAAGGGCGUGCUCAAACGAUGGUCACUCAGUGCAAAUGGAUUCAGUAGAACUUUCGAUCCCUGAGUGUUUCUCGUUACACUCUGAACAAGAAAUGAAUGUAUCAAAGGCCCAAGUUAAUAGCGAAGAUAAGUACGGCAAAUGCGGUGCAUGGAGAAUGCAACAGCAUUACAACGUCGAUACGCAUGCGCUCUAUAACCAAAGGCUGCUUUGCAGAAUGUCCAGCAAGGACCGCCACAUUGAGUCCAACUGCCCCUCUUACAUCAAGACGGAACCUUCUAGCCCAGCCUCACUGACUGACAGCAUCAACCACCACAGCCCCGGCGGCUCAUCAGACGCCAGCGGUAGCUAUAGUUCCGCAAUGAACGGCCACCAGAACGGCUUGGACUCACCCACGCUGUAUGGCCCAGGAGGCACGCUGGGCCCCAACAGCUCGGCCGCCAAGCGCUACGAAGACUGCUCCAGCACCAUCGGUGAAGAUUCGCAGAUCAAGUGUGAAUACAUGCUCAAUUCCAUGCCCAAGCGGCUGUGCUUGGUGUGCGGCGACAUCGCGUCAGGUUACCACUACGGUGUGGCCUCGUGUGAAGCCUGCAAGGCCUUCUUCAAGAGAACCAUUCAAGGUAAUAUCGAGUACAGUUGUCCCGCCACCAACGAAUGCGAGAUCACCAAGCGCAGACGGAAGUCCUGCCAAGCUUGUCGCUUUAUGAAGUGUCUCACCGUUGGAAUGAUGCGAGAAGGAGUACGACUGGACAGAGUUCGCGGUGGCAGACAGAAAUACAAACGGAGGAUAGAUGCCGAGAACAGUCCCUACCUGAACCCACAGCUGGCUCUGCCGCCCAAAAAGCCAUUCCCCUUUGGCUGCCUUGCAGAUAAUAAGAUCGUGUCACACUUGCUGGUGGCCGAGCCUGAGAAGAUCUAUGCCAUGCCGGACCCGACUGUCCCCGACAGUGACAUCAAGGCUUUGACCACGCUGUGUGACCUGGCAGACCGAGAACUGGUGGUCAAUAUCGGCUGGGCCAAGCACAUCCCGGGCUUCUCGACACUGUCGCUGGCUGAUCAGAUGAGUCUGCUGCAGAGUGCGUGGAUGGAGAUCCUGAUCCUGCGUGUGGUCUAUCGGUCACUGUCAUUUGAGGACAAGCUGGUAUAUGCUGAGGACUACAUCAUGGAUGAGGACCAGUCCAAGCUGGCUGGCCUGCUGGACCUGAACAACACCAUCCUGCAGCUGGUCAAGAAGUACAAGAGCAUGAAGCUGGAGAAAGAGGAGUUUGUGACUUUGAAAGCUAUAGCACUUGCAAAUUCAGACUCCAUGCAUAUAGAGGACGUGGAGGCGGUGCAGAAGUUGCAGGAUGUGCUGCACGAGGCGCUGCAGGACUACGAGAGCAGCCAGCACACCGAAGACCCGCGCCGCGCCGGAAAGCUGCUUAUGACGCUGCCGCUGCUGCGCCAGACGUCCACUAAAGCCGUGCAGCACUUCUACAGCAUCAAACAGGACGGCAAGGUGCCCAUGCACAAACUCUUCUUGGAGCUGCUCGAGGCCAAGGUCUAGCUCGGCCACGGUUGCCUCGACCGGUUCGGUCCUGAAGGAGCGGGCCGGGCGUACACAUGAGCACUCUCACUACACUGGGCAGGCGAUGACUGAUAUACCGUUUGUUUGCGAAACUUUUCUCCAUAAACAACGGUAUCUAAUAGCAACUUAACCUUAACAAUAUUCUGAACU